AGAGCGUGGAUUGGACAGCUUUCUCAAUAAAACUAUAAAAUUGACAUUGACAAUCUCCAAUGAAAAUGUUCUCCAAGCUAUAUUCUCGAGUACGUUGACAGAAGCAGCCCCAGCGGCAUUGAUAUAUAGAUUAUCGCGAGUGUCUGGUUUGAAUAAAGGUUGACAACCAAGAUAUCGGAGAUAUUCAUACAUUCAAGGAAUUUUGUACACACCACUUUUUACGCCUCCAUUGAUCUGAACGCAGACUUUCAAGAUGGCAGGGCAAAUCCCGCAAAGUACAGAUCCGACUGUCCGGUACAUGUCCACAUCUCAAGCCUACGAUCUCUGGGCCUCAGUCUACGACACCGAUGGAAACUUCCUGCAAGCACUGGACACCAUUGAGAUGAAGUCGCUUCUGCCGCGCAUGCUCGCCUUGCUGGAGACCUCACGAUUGCCUCGCCCCUGGAAACUUGUCGAUCUGGGUUGUGGGACAGGGAGAAACACGGCUGCUCUGCUGGGAGUCGAAGGAGCCAAUGUCGUGGGAUUAGAUGUCAGUCCCGGUAUGCUCCAAGUAGCCAGACAACGGCUGGAGGGGAUCGGCAGCCAGAACCAAUUGAGACUAGAAGUCUUCGACAUGAUCGAGGAGGCUCUCCCGCCCAAAUGCUCCCUAAAUGCUGAUGUGGUGGUAUCGACGUUGGUGUUGGAGCAUGUUCCGGCGGACAUCUUCUUUGGUCAUGUCUCCAGGAUCCUUAAGCCCGGCGGAAUCUUGUUGUUGACGAAUAUGCAUUCAGAGAUGGGUUCGAUGAGCCAAGCUGGAUUUGUUGACCCCAAGACUGGCGAGAAGAUCCGGCCGACGAGUUACUCUCACACUGUGGCAGAGGUUGAGGCUGCAGCAGCCAAGAGUGGACUAGAACCUGUUGACAAAAUUGAGGAGAGGGCCGUUGAUCAGUCCAUGAUACCAUUGCUCGGAGAAAGAUCAGGGAAGUGGGUGGGCGUUACAGUGUGGUUCGGAGGGAUCGUUCGCAAGAAGCCUUGAUCAACCUAUCCGAUUUCAACUGUCCGAAGCCUGCUCUUUUCCACCUCAACUGGAGAAGA